AUGCUAUCCUUCCUUUUCUUUCUCACCCUGCAGGUGAUCCUACUGGCCGCUUGGGUCUCUGGCUACCUAGACCCAUAUCAGAAACAGCUACAAGAGCUCCUGUUAGACUAUAUGGGUGAAACCAAAUUAUCCUACGGAUUGAAGAAAAGCCUGACCGGCAAGAAACUCACCGAGGACCAGAAUCUAAGCAAGAUUCAAGAUCAACUCGGCGGCCAACUGGGUGGCGUGUUUGGCAAAGGGGGUCUAGGAGAGGGGAUUGGUUCUGUGCUGAGCAAAGGUCUCUAA